GGAUAUACAAAGGAACACAGCCUACAUGCCAUGACUUCAAUCACUUAACAGCCACAGCAGAAAGUGUCUCCCUUCUAGUGGGCUUCUCAGCAGGCCAGGUCCAGCUUAUAGACCCUAUUAAAAAAGAAACUAGCAAAUUAUUUAACGAGGAAAGACUAAUAGACAAGUCCAGAGUAACCUGUGUAAAAUGGGUACCAGGUUCGGAAAGCCUUUUCCUAGUAGCUCAUUCCAGUGGCAAUAUGUACUUAUAUAACGUGGAGCACACUUGUGGUACCACAGCCCCGCACUACCAGCUACUUAAACAAGGAGAAAGUUUUGCAGUUCACACUUGCAAGAGUAAAUCCACAAGAAACCCUCUGCUUAAAUGGACAGUAGGUGAGGGUGCCCUGAAUGAAUUUGCCUUUUCCCCAGAUGGAAAGUUCUUGGCGUGUGUGAGCCAGGAUGGUUUUCUUCGCGUGUUUAACUUUGAUUCCGUGGAAUUGCAUGGUACAAUGAAAAGCUACUUUGGAGGACUGCUGUGUGUGUGUUGGAGUCCCGAUGGGAAAUACAUAGUGACGGGUGGAGAGGAUGACUUGGUAACAGUUUGGUCUUUUGUGGACUGUCGAGUAAUAGCAAGAGGUCACGGACAUAAAUCGUGGGUCAGUGUUGUUGCGUUUGAUCCAUAUACCACUAGUGUAGAAGAGAGUGACCCGAUGGAAUUUAGCGGAAGCGAUGAGGAUUUCCAAGACCUUCAUUUUGGCAGAGAUCGAGCAAAUAGCACGCAAUCUAGGCUAUCCAAAAGGAACUCUACAGACAGUCGUCCAGUAAGUGUUACGUAUAGAUUUGGUUCAGUAGGCCAGGACACACAGCUCUGUUUGUGGGAUCUUACAGAAGAUAUCCUCUUCCCCCACCAACCUCUCUCAAGAGCAAGGACACAUACAAAUGUCAUGAAUGCCACAAGUCCACCCGCUGGAAGUGGUGGAGCUAACCCAGGAAGUAAUGGAAACAGUAUCACAACACCUGGAAACUCUGUACCCCCUCCUCUUCCACGGUCAAACAGCCUUCCGCACUCUGCAGUCUCAAAUGCUGGCAGUAAAAGCAGUGUCAUGGAUGGUGCCAUUGCUUCUGGUGUUAGUAAAUUUGCAACCUUAUCACUACAUGAUCGGAAGGAAAGACACCAUGAAAAAGAUCACAAGAGAAAUCAUAGCAUGGGACAUAUAUCUAGCAAGAGCAGUGACAAACUGAACCUAGUUACUAAAACCAAAACGGACCCAGCUAAAACUUUGGGAACACCUCUCUGUCCCAGAAUGGAAGAUGUUCCCUUGUUAGAGCCUCUAAUCUGUAAAAAGAUAGCACAUGAAAGACUGACUGUGUUAAUUUUUCUUGAAGACUGUAUAGUCACUGCUUGUCAGGAGGGAUUUAUUUGCACAUGGGCAAGGCCUGGUAAAGUGAGAUAAAGUAUGCAGUACCAAAAAUCAGGAUUUAUGUAUUGGCCAAUAUGGAAAACUUUAAUUACAGGUAAGUAAUUUUCAUGCUGAAGUUAUCACUUUCAAAAUUAAUAUUGCACACUGAUGUAAAUGCCAUAUUGUUUAGGAAGUAUUUACUUAGAAAUUUUCAAAUGAACUUCUUUUUCUGAUAUCACUUGCAUUUCUAGUGAGCUCACUCUGAUGGUAAAAACUGAAUUUUGAUGGCAUGUUUACAGGGGUUUGAUAGGAAACUAUUUGUGCCAGAAGGACGUUAUGAGCAUACUUUUUGUUUAUAGAAAAAGCACUUAAUUUUAUUUAAUGAGAGUUGUCAAAGUAUAAAACACUCAUGGUAAUGUCUUUCUUACUGGGUUAUAUACCAUUCAUUUCUGUUUUGCCACCUGUUUUAUCCUAGGCUAUCCCAUGACUCGGGGGUUUAAAGCUGCUAUUUCUAGUCUUCCUUUUGAAAUAUGGGUCCCCAAGUGAUCUUAAAACUCCGUCACUUUUUUUUUUGUCUGCCAACUCUAGAGUGAAAGCCUCUGAAUCUUGCUGCUUCUUCCAUCAUUGCCUCAAAAGGCCUUCUGUAAAUUCCUGGCACUGCCAGCCUAAAGAAUUGGAUGGAAUGCUGAAGCAGACUUGCAGCGUUUAAUAUAAUUUGCAUUGAGCCAGUGCUACCUUUUCCUCAUUUUUAGUAGCCAUCAAAAGACACGCUGGAUAAUUGGACAGUGCACGACAAGGUCUGAGUUUUGUGGUUGGUUUGGUGCUGCUGUUAGUGGGGAAAAAAAAACAAAUCCAGAAACUUCUUUUCAGCUGUGAUCCUUAGGAUAGGCUGUACUGUGCAUACAGUGUCCUCGCAGUUUGUAAACAAGCUUUCCAAAUUAUUGUGUCAUGUGUAUAACAUAAUCAUACCUUGAGCUUCCUCACUGGCUAUACCAUGCUUGUAUCUCGCUCCCAGAACUAUUAUGCUAGCUCCCAAUCAGAAUAAGGUCAAGUAAAUGGAAAAAUUUUAAUAAGAAACAAGUUGAUUGAGACUCAGGGUUCAUUAAAAUUAAUUUUUUACUCUCAUUUUUUCUUAGCCUGUUUCUGAGAGAAGGUUCAGGGUAGUAAGAAAAAUAGGUUGCCUUAACAAGAGUAUGGACUUCCUUAACUACAUGGUGACAAUUAACUGUCUCCUUUUCCCCGUUUAUUUCCCAGCCCUGCAGAAAAUGUAAAUGGCAUUAUAGAGCUGUUGUAUUUGUCUUAAGACAGGGGAAAAAAAAUCUGAAAGGAACCGAGGUAGGCUUCGUGUCUGACCUUUAUAGCUCCUUCAAACUGAAUUACAGGAACUGCAGAAGCAAUUAAAAAGCAAAGCAACAACAACAAGAAGAAAAAACCAAAGCAGGAAAACACUAAAAACAAACAAACCCAUAAACAAAGAGUGAAGUGGGGCCUAGAUAUGCACAACAAGCUUUCUCUGAACUGAACGGUCAGAGAAACCCUCUGUGACUUCUGUUCGCCGCCGUGCGCGGUGGCUCAGUUUAUUGAAAUGAAAGCUGCUGCUGAGUUGCUUCCUUUGUCAGAAAGCUCAAGGUAGGAUUGGGCAGAGCCACGACCAGGUGAAAUGGCAGUGUAUAACCUAGCAAGACAAACACGUUACCAUCUUGUAAAACAAAUGCACAUGGAAUGUAUUUAUUUGACUUAUUGUACAGGAAAACUUAGAAUUAAAUUAUAACAUCCUUGAACUUUCCAGUAAACUACAAUUGUAGUACAGUAUCAUGUCUUAGUAUGACUUCUGUUUUAGUAAGAGUACUUAAACAUUCAUGCGCUAUAUUUUGAGUGAGAUGAGCAGCUAUACAUACUAAUUCUUCCUCAGUGGAAAGGAACAUUUCAUCGUUACAAUUGAAGUUCAAUUGCUGGUAUUUAAGUACUAUCAAAUAGAUUUCUUUCAACGUGAUACGGUAUCUGUAUAAACUUCAGGGAUGAUUCUAGUAAAACUGAAACACAGCUAUGACUUCAGGUUACCGUGCUGAAAUUUGAAGCUUUCUGUAACGUGCAUAAUAGCAAAGUUGCACAGAGCAUACCCGCAUUAUCAGGGUGAACUUAAACCUAGUACACUGGCGUGAUAUUUAUAGCAAGGUGUGUGUGUGUGUGCGUGUGUGAGGAGGUGCGGCUCCGCUAAAGCCAGGAAAGACCAUAGCCCUGCAAAGGCUUUAUGAUGAGGAUGUCUGGAUUAGGAAAUAACAUGACUUUUACUAAACACUUUUUAGAAGACCCAUGUUCUGAAUUAUCACCUCUUACAAUUUGGUUAUGUACUUGCGAUGACUGUAUAUGUCUGCCCCUUUAACAGUAUAAAGCUUCUAAAUUAAUAUUUAAAAUGCUGGCCUGCUUAUGUUACAGUAAUAAAAUUUGUGUCAGUUAAUUUACUGUCGAUUUACAUGUAAAAAUUAAACGAUAUUUUUUCUGCAUUUUAUGAAUUCUGUAUACUGGAGUUUGUUAAAGAUUGCCAUGUUAGGUGAUACUGUACAAAAUUGUAUUGACUACCUUUAGUGAAAAUCGAAAGUAAAAUUCAUAUGUAUUUCCUUUUUACACUUCCAUCUAAUUUCUUGACAACUUGAAUAAAUUUCAUAGAGCCUUUCUAACAUGAACUAUUGUUAAUUUAACUGUUGCAAUAAUUAAGCUUUAAGAAGUAUUGUUGGUAUAUUUAUAAUUUUAAGAAAAUCAUGUUUGUUUCAUACUGCUUAUUUUUAGCUGUUCUAUUGUCACUGUUACAGCUGAAGAACUUUACUAAAUACUUGACAUUACAAAAUAACUUGCUGGGGUUGUCCUCUGUAUACUGAUGUUAAAUAAAAAUGUGUGAUUGAA